UUCAAAAAAAGGGUCCGCCAUGUUGAGUUGUACGUACUACUGUUGGCGCCAUUGUACGGAAGCAGUGAGGCUCCCCCUCUCUCUCUCUCUCUCUCUCUCUCUCUCUCUCUCUCUCUCUCUCUCUCUCUCUUGCUGUGUCCACGUAUUUAUCUGUGUAUACACUGCUCUCCAUAUGCCAACGUUCACCAUGACCGGGCAGAAAAGGAAGCUGGGCGGAGAGUGUCAUGCAAGGAUGGAUGACUUCCUUCCCCCAGGCGGCAAGGACCACAAUACACUUGAAACAGAUCGAAACAGGGGUCGGAUCGUAGUUAGCGACCGAGAACAUAUAGGCAGGCUAACAAAGGAGGUGCAUAAGCAGAAAGUACUGCUUAGAGAGAUGUCAGACGAACUACGCCUCGUCAAGUCGCUUCUCGACGAAAUGACGGAAACCGCGGAGCACAGGAUGUUCACCGUGUUCUGGUUGUUGCUUGACAACCCGAAAGAUAUACUAGACGUUACUCGUCUGAGGGAGGACAUGUCAGCCAGACUUCAGGCAAUUGCUGAAACGAAGAACACCACGUUCGACGAGUUUCAGGCAUGGCUGGAUAUUGAAAGGGAAAGGCGCACCGCCGUCUUGAAGCGGUUCUCCGCCCAUGUCACGAAGACAACAAACAGGGAAUCAGACGGAGGGGAUGUCAUGUGUCUUGCCAGCUGCAGAAAGUGUGUGCUCAAGGAGGGGUGGGCAUCGUACAAUUCCCAAGAUUACAACACAGGUUCGCUACCUACGACGGCACGCAGCGUCGUUGAUCUCUUAGCCUUCGCCGAGGACUGCAUUCGCCACUGUACGGAAACUGUUGACGAGUACGGUCUGAGUGAAGUGCGUGUCGGGUCUGUUAAUGACGAGCUUCCUGCAAAAAUCGCGACUCUGCUGAGCAGUUGCUCCGACGUAAUGGAUGCCCUGCAACACACUCGAGGCAGGAUGUUGGCUGGGGAAUUGACGGUGACAUGUACGGAAGGAGAUGUUAUGGGAUGUGGAGAAGUAGCCAACCUCGCGCUGGUGCCACAUUUCUUCAUGAUUUCUCAGAUGGGGUCUGCCAUUCAAUCGAAUAUCAACGGCGUGGAGACAUGCGCGAUGGAGACUCAAGACAUGGUGAAGGGUAUUGCAGGUGUCAGCAACGAAGGGAUAUCGGUCGGAGCAAACACCACGGACUGUGCAGUGGCCCUUGCAGAAAUUUGUGCGCAGGCUGCAGACUUGAGCACGGAUGGCGACACGAGCGAUGAUGGUGCAGAGUGUCUUGUUCCAUACGAGAAUGUUGAGAGGACGAGAGCAGGAGGACACUUCCCGUAUGACGUCAAUUGGGUGCCUGGUCGUCUUCAACCGGGUACCGUUGGAGGAACGUCGUGCUUUGCGUUCAAAGUGAAUGGGGAAUGGGUUCCAUAUCCCGCCCCCACAGAGGCGUCGUGGAGGUGCGUGACUCUGUCAAUCAUCUUCGACAGAGUGCUGAGGUUGAACGAUGCGGCGACCCCUGAUGAGAAAUCACRGCAUGUGUUGAAACUAUGGCGUGUUCUGGACGCGAAGGGCGAUUUGAGGCUGAAUGAUUUUGAGUACGACAGUGUCGACUGCGGAGAGUCAUGGGUGAUUGGCGGGUUGGACACUGCAGCGGGCUCGGUUUGUGCAGAGACUGAUGCCAGGAGGGAUCCACGGUGGGGUUGGGUGCCACAUGACGCCCCCCUUCUUUGUGGCCAUGUGAGGAUGCCCAUGCGUGACGCCAUGGGCAAUGUAUGGACCGUGUGUUACAUAAACGACAGCUUCGUGUCCAGGCACCUGAACAGGGAGGUGACUGAAGAGGAGAAGAUGACGAUGGCUUGUCCCACCGCUGCUGCUCGUUGUUUUUCGCCUCCUCUUCGGAACCCUGUGGAGCUCGAGGUGGCAGAGGGGAAAGUGUUUGCGGGUGAGCAGGGGUACACAUACACGCAUGCCAGAGGGGAGGAAGCUACUGCUGAUGGAUUAUCCCCGAUGGUAUGGAACCCGCCCAACCUGAAGCCUGACGUUCUGGCUGCCAUGGACAUUACGGCCCAUGUCAUCCUUGAGGGGCAGUUGCAGCACCAUGUGGCCCCUCAGAAGUAUGGAUAUCGUGCGAAUUGGCUGCCAGGAUAUCUGCAUCCUGCAACAGUUGAUGGCAAGGUGACCAUGGCGGCCAAACUGCAGACAGGCCAUUGGCUGCCUUUGGGGUGGAUGCAUGCAGGCAUGGUGGAGCAGUGGCAGUUCCUGGUGGUACUGACACGUGUGUCCAUUUUCAAUGCAGAUGUGAAGGAGCACAUUCUGGUUGUGGAGCAUGCAAAGCGGUGCUGGGAGAAGAUAAGGGAGGAGGACCGUCAGAUGGUGUGCAUGGGUUACGACUCCAUGCCAGAGCAGGGGAUGUGGUCCAUGGUUGAGGGGAGUCCUGGUGGGCAAGGGCAGGGCGAUGGGGAGAACAUGUACAUGGCUCAUAUCCGCCGCAGGCAUGGAUGCUCCGCCCAUGUUGGUUGGGUCCCGCCCGUAUGUCGCCUGACAUAUGAGCAAGUUGGAGCGAUGACGAUUAGGUUCAAGGACCCGCUUGGUUUGCUGUUUCUGCUGACGUACUCGGAUGGCCUCCUGCGAGACAUUCGGUAUAUGGUGCACGAGGACACCCGAGGUGGACUUCAGAGGCCGGGACAGACGGAGGAGACGAGUCUGGGGCAUCAGGGUGGUUUGUCUGCUGAGGUGGAGGGCCCACGUGGCAAGAUCAGGAGGCUGCAGCGAUCCACCGACCUUUGUAUCCCUUUCAGGCCCUUCUUGCGCCUCGUCCGCGAGGUGAUGGAGAAGGACAUUUCCCCUGUUCAGGCCGURAGGUUCCAGAUGACGGYCGUGCGUGCUUUGAUGGAGGCUGCGGAGGCUUACCUGGUCGCCAACUUCGAGAACACAAACGAAGUGGMGAUCCACUCGAAGAGGGUGACCAUCCAGAGAGAAGAGGUCGAAAGACAAAGCAUUUGCAUCAUGUCGAUGUCAGUAGCACAGGUGGCGAAGGCUCUCGCAGAGGUGAUGAAGUAUGCAGAGGAGCGAUUCCACCACAACGGCCGUGGCGAGUUGUCUUUGGUGGAGGAGAGGGUGUCGCGGUACUUUGCUGUUACCGUGGAUAUGAGAUCCACGAUCAUGGCCAACGGCAGUGGUUGCGUACAAGCACGAACACUCUUGGAACGAUUGAGAGAGUCACCUGAUAUUCGUGUGGACAGCGACGCGGAAGACAACCCAUACAACGGUGUGGAAUACGUUCUGCUUGACCAGCUAUGUGAUCUCAUGGGGAGGUCAGAGGACGACAGGAACGUCAUUCAUGAGAUGUUCAACGAAGUCACAGAGUAUGUCGUGCAGGGUCGAGAUGUCAUUGAGUUUGAGCCCGCGUCGGCAGGAGAGGAGAUCAUUAGUGGCAGACCAUUGUGGGGGGGCUUGUUGGGUUGUGCUCUGGAGCGGCUUGGUCUUGCAACCUGCGAUGUCGAGAGACAAAGAGAAAGGGAAGAGGGUUGGAGGAUGAUUGUUAGCGAAACAAGGUUACCGGUCAUUGAAGAAACCGGGGAGACAUCAGCAGCACAAGAUACGAGCAGAGCGAUGGUGGUUGACGUGUCUACCUUGCACACACCAUCGACAGAGAUGUUGGUGUAUAUGGACACUUGUGAGCGUUUCUUCUUCGGGGAGCAGCAGGAGGAUGAGCACACAGACGAUGCACAGCACAGAGUCGAUGCAGAGGAGGAGGAUAAGGAAGAGUGCGAGGGGUCUGACGUGGAUGUGAGCGGCAAGGACGUCAGCAGCGACGAAGCGGACGACGACAAUGACGUGUACUACGAUCUCAAGACAGCGGGUGGACAAGCAACCAAAGGUUGGGCACAUGCAAUCCUGAGGUUGGCACGAGUAUUUCCCGAUCCGCACAACGUGCUGCGUGUGGUGUUCAAGGGGGUGACACCUGAUGGUGCCAUGCAGUAUGCUGCAGUGACCACCAUAAUGCGAUCCUGCAAGAAGGGGAAAAAAUGGUCACGUAUCGGCAAGGCAUGGUUUGUUCUAGUGAACAGAGAGGCUGUGCUAGCAACAUCGCUGACAUGGGGACUGAACCUGAGUUGCCUCCUGCAUGGCGCAGUGGCCACAGCUUGGGGAGAGACAUUGCACCCCGGCUUGUCGACAGGAGACGCAGUAAAAAUGGACAGCGGUCCACUCGUGUGCGACUGCGGCAGACCUUUCAUGUCCUUACGGACUUUAAACUCGCAUCGUGCGAGGGCAUGCCCGGCCGUGGUGGAAGAGGGGGCACAAAGGCAGGAGAACAAUGCUGCCCACGACCCGGGGUCAUCCGACAUGGGCGCAGCGAAUCUCGCAGCUGAUGACAACGACGACGCGGGGGCAGAGGACAACGCGAACGGGGCAGCGGGUAACAAUGCAGAGCCGGAAGCGCAACCCGUCGAGCCUUUUGACAGCUCGCACAGGCUAGCAGCGCUUAUUUUGUCCGCACGUGGCGGCGUCGGUAUGUCGCAUUGCGACGUUGAUGCUCUCUUGUCACUUCUCAAAGACCCGAGAUUCAGCGCGGCGGACAUUGCGUACCGCAACAGUCGAGAGUGCUUUGCAUGGGCGGGCAGUCUCGCAGAGGCCGCCGGGUGGAAGGAGUCGGACUUGCGUAGUGACGACUGGCCUGAAGGAGCGCACGCCAUCUUGUGGCACCGCGAUUGGCGAACUGCAUUCUUGUCGAUAAUGCAGGUCGCGUUGCAGAAAUGCGAGACGGUUCAUUCCCUUGAAGUGUCCCCGCCGUCGGACGACCACAGUGUGUCCGGUCCGCGCAGUGGGGCGCUAAGCUAUCACACGCAGUCAACCAUUCGAGCGCACAAAGGUGUCGACGGGAAUGGAAAUCCACGAUAUGUGAUCCCUCUCUCACUCUACUCCGACAAGACACACACAGACGGUCGUCAGAAGCAGACCGCAUACCCUCUUAUGAUGUCGCUAGCCGACCACGCGUCGGAAGCCACUCUGAUGGCCUAUCUCCCCGUGCUUCAUCAUCGACCCCGUGACAAAGGAUGGGGUCUUCAGUCCAUCGCAUUUAGGAAGCGAAAGCCCGUCAUCUUCCACAAGGCCCUUUCGAUGGUCUUGCAAGUUGCGAAGGAGGCAUUGCACGACGGCAUCACGAUACCAUCGACGCGAUUCGGGGACGUGACUGUCCACCCUUUCCUCCUCAACUAUAUACAGGACUAUCCAGAACGAUGUGCGCUGGCGAAUGUGAAGUUUGGUGUAUGUCCCACAUGCACCGUGUCGAAAACGGACCUCGAUGUUGUGGCCGAUUUCACGGACUGCAGGAGAUCCCAGACGCUAGAAACCCAACUCGCAGAAGCCCUGUUCACAGCGGACGACGAUGACGUGCGCCGCGAAGCGGGAGGGCGAAUGGCAGAGUUGGACAUGCAUAGGCAUGUUGAACGGAACGGCCUUUGGGGGUUCUACAGGGGGCCGAGCGGCGAUGAUCCUCAGCUAGACUACCACCUCGCGUUGCAACCAGACCGUAUGCACACGAUCGAAGAUGGCAUAUUCCUGCACAUGGUCGACGCAUUCAGGGCGGCAGCCUUUGAGAAGUUGCCGCACACACCGCAAACUGAGAUCCUGAAGGAACUCGAUGCAAGAUUGCAAUGUGUUAGUGAGAGAUGUACGCGAACAUAUCCCCAACUUGUGCUGCCCGUGGCCACAGGCAGCGAUUUUUUUUCUAGAGAGGGAUGCUUCGAGGUGUACGUACGUUUGUUUCAGCGCACAGCACACACUCAAGCUUCCCUCGACGAAUGCGACGCGUUGAUGACGGACUUCGUAACGACCAUCAAAGCGAAAUUGGGAAGAUACCAACCAUCGAAUUGGAAACUCCCGAAGUUGCAUGAUCUUAUGCACAUGAGAGCGAGUAUCGAGCGAUCUGGUGUGGCCGACACAUUCGCUGCAGACGUUUGGGAGCAUCACCACAGGAGAUUCUGCAAACAACCGUACUUGUCAUCGAACAAAAGAAAAGCGUCAACGCAGAUGGUCGACCACGUGCGCCGGUCGCUGGCGUUGCAGGAGGAGACCGGAAUCGUAAGGAAAAGAAGGAAAAGGGUCGUUGACAAUAGGUCUUCUGUGACGGACUGUAUGGCAACGGGGUUGAACACCCUGACACUACGCGACACGUCAAUCCUUCAACUGUGUUGGUUCAACAUCGAUCAAGACCAGAUACGCGAGGUGGAAGGCGUUGACAGUCGUGCGUGUCAGAUACUCGAAGAGCUCCCUUUCAGAACCAAUUUUCGAGCAGCGAUUACGGCGUACAUGGCGGAGAAUGGUUGUCAACCUCCUACCGAUGAUCUCGCUAUACACACGCGAACACAUCUCGCCAUCGCUUGCACGCAGGACGGAACAAACAAGGGCACACUUGUUCAAACUGCACGAGCGUCGCCGCGGUUCCACGGGAGACCAGUGCACAGUGACGUUGCAAUAAGAGCAGCCAACGAAUGUACGUGGUUCGCAUCAGUGGCCAUGUUUUUCGUCGUCGAUGCACCCACAGACGGCGGCAAUGUGGAACACAAGUGCGCUUUUGUGCAGUGGUACAAAGAGGUUGACAGUGAACGGGAACACGUGACAGGUUGCAAGGAAUUGAAAUGGGAGAAUGCGAAUGGACAUCAGCACAGCAGCGUCGUUUCGACCGACACCAUCUUGGACACUGCUCACAUUGUUCCUCGCUUCUAGGACACGUUUUUCGCGGCGGUGCAAGUGACGGCCAAACUGGCAGGGGGGACAGCAGAGGAAGGGUUGCGGUCUCACAUUGCAGAGCGCGGGAUUCGAGCUGUCAUAGGGGAAUGCAACAGAAUUAUGACGACGAUCCGCGGAGAGAUUACCUGGCAGCUGAAGCAUUGGUUCUGGGCAGAAAAAGGGAUUCCGCUGGUCGGAUCGCAGCAAUCGGACCACCACCUCCCCGCUCGCAACAAGAUGCGCGCCGAGAUGAAAGAGAACAAGACAUGGAGACGGAGCGGCGACGAUCCGUGGGGCGCCCCCGCCUUCAAGACGGCACUCUUAAAAGUUUUCCAGAUGAGGAAGGAAGGACGAAACCUCGGCGUCACCCUGCAGCAACUCGCUUUUGCGGAGAUGGUCAUUCAGUGUGAGAUAGAACAGACAACGAAGACGACACGAGCUGCAAAGCAGAUAGAAAAAUUGGUAUCUAUAAAGCAGGCAAUCGUCUCAUCUCUACGAGCGCGCGACACGGGCAGGGCGACGUAAAAUGAAGCUCCCCACGCCAA